AUGGAAGCCCAGGAUGCAGCUGCAGCGGCGGGUGCCGCCACGGCGGCAUCGGAUGCAACUGCGGCGGCUGCAGCGACAGAUGCCUCCGCACAGGCAUCGGACACAGCUGCGGCGGCACAGCCCAUGACGUUGCACAGCAUCUUGCAGCUCAGUGGCUUCAGCCGGUAUGCGGCCAUCAAGGAGGAUUCGGAGCAUGCUAUGUUGAUGCGGGUGCACAAGCUCCUUCCGGAGAUGCUCCGCUUCAUCGUCCAAAUGAGAUUGGGCGAAGGGUUCCUCCGCCCCGGACAAGUGGAGGAGCCCAAGAAGCCUUUAUCAAAAUGGAAUGAGCUCCAGAAGAAUCUUUCCGAGGCCCAACGGUCAUACGGGCUGCAGGGUGCAAGACAAGGCAGAGCCGCCAGCUGGUGGGGGUUUGCACGGCUAGUUGCUGCCCAGGCGCAAGACUCUGCAGCGGCAUGGGCAGGCACAGCGAAAGGCGACAUCAUCGUGAAGGCGCCGGACGUUUUUCGUCCGAGCAACAUCUUGGACGAAGCCAUGAACAGACGCUACCAGGUUGUCGUGAUUCGCUUGCAUCCCCUCGGCUGCAACCGGCCUGCCAUUGUCUGCAGGGUCUUCCGAGGCAGUGUCGGGAAGAAGAAGAGAGCGGGAAGCAAGCCGCACGAACAAGGCUUGCCUUGUGACCAGUGUGUUGGUCUGCAGCUUGUGCUGCCCCAGGCUUUGGGCGCUGAGUCACCGAACGUCUACCGUGCUACAUGCCUGAGCCCGUCGCUGACGAUGGACCCGCACGAGGAUCGUGAUGAUGGCCCGAGGCUCUUGAUGGAGAUCGCAGAGGGGUGGUAUGGAAUCCGAACCACUUCUGCCGCUUUGCUGCUGCAGGUGUCCGAUGCGGCUCACACAGGCAUGCAGUCCAUCCGGGACCUGAGCACGGUGGAGACAGACAAGCCGUGCUUCUGCGAGACUUCCUUCAGCAACAACGAGAAGGGCUUCACCAACAUCCGCCUCUACAUGGACGUCAUGCGGAAGCUGUAUGCCCAAGCUGCUGGAAAGCCUCUCUGCACACAAGACGGCUGUGUCCGGGUGUGGCCAAGCAAGACAAGGCCUCGUUACUGA